UGGACAACCACGCUCAUUUUCCGACAUGGUGAGGAUGAAUCCGUGAUGGAUCUUAUCUUAUUUGACUUGGGGAUGAUGCAUUUCGGUUUUAUGUGGUUCUUUCCUGUUCCAUCGCACUCAAGCCUAGUCUGAACCUGACUGACCCCCGCGCUACUAUACUAUGGGGACAUCCUGCAUCUUUGGACGCUACGAAGCUCUGUGAACUAAACAUUGAACUAGCACACCACGCUCGAUACUAUGGAACAAGAUGGAUGGGCCCCUAUCUGGCGUCAAUCAUCAUCCAAUGCCAAUACAGCCCAUAAGGAAACGACUUUCCAGCCAAAUCGCCAACCCAGUCCCAAAAUCUCCCCUGCUGAAGAACUUGAGGGCUUGUGGGUAGAAGACGUACCACUAGGGGACUACGCUGACAACGCGGGUAUCCAGCUAGUCAAACCAUAUGCCAUCGAGGAGCCAGAUGCAGAGUCUACAUAUGAACAUGACAACCCAACGGUAAGCCCAUUCAAGGGCGAUGGACUGGCCACCCCGCAAGGUGAUUUAGUUGAUUCCAUGGAGGGCCUUCAUUGUGAUUCUGAUAAUCCUGACCCACAAGUCAUGAUUUCACCAAAAAGAGGCAGAAAGAGAAAGCCGACUAAUCCGCUGGGCAUCUCGCGGUCGGAACAACGGUAUACGUCCAAGUCUGCGUUUGAUGUCUACGAAGGACCUACACUAAGUCCGAAAAGGCCACGCAGGAAAAGCAAGCGGUCAAAGGAAAACCUUCGAGCUUCUUUAGCCUCUAAUAGAACUCGAGCCUUGAGCGGAUCGUCAGCUACCUCUGUCUCUACGGAUUUUAGCGGUGCCACCGUUCCCGGUGAACCGACGGCCUCGGAUGAAAUGGACCUGGAUUAAUGAUGGGUUAUCCUAUAGAGAGGGCAUGGAAUCUCUAGAUUAAGCAUGAUAUUUACAUUUUACAAAAAAACCUUCGCCCAAUCCCUACCAAAGACGGAUGGAUACCUACACUGGAAAUCGAGCGUGAUUCACGUGACUGACAUGCCCCAGAUGGAUGACGUCACGCUAUCCUCAUCAGGGCCCAUUCGA